AUGUCUACAGAGGCUGGGAACCAUCACAAACAAGACAGUGCAUGGCCCGAGCUGGAGAAAGCUGAGAAGCUGGCCCGUGGAGCUGCCUUAAAAUGGGCCUCAGGGAUCUUCUACCGUCCAGACCAACUAGAGAGAUUGGGCCAGUACCGCAAGAGGGAAACGCAAAGAACGUCCUCUGUUCAGUCCAGGCUGAAGUCUGCUGUUCAGUCCUACCUGGAAGGGGUUGGGACAGGCCUCGGGCAGCUGAGAACCUCACUGGACGAUGUCCGAGCUGUAUGCCGCACGAUGGUGGAGGUGCACGAGGAGUGCCAGAACAAGGUGAACGGCUUCGAGAGCCUCAGCCAGCUGAGCGGCCUGGUUUCUGACCACGUCCAGUUGGCCACUGCAGUGCACAAUCUGCAUCAAGUCUUCUCAGUCCCCGAAGUUGUGGCUGAGACACAGCAGCUGAUUGAGGAGAGGAGGCUGCUGGAGGCACACACCAAGCUGAUGGAGAUGGAGUGCUGGCGAGACGACAUCCUUUACCAGCUGCACCGAGCUGGCAAGCAGAACACAGAAGGCGAGCAAGUCGUCCUGUCAUACUUCAGUGGUGUCGGCCAGCUCAAUGAAGACCUCGCCAAGGAACUCUGGGAUGUGGUGAGCUGUGGCCUGACCUUGGUCAAGCAGGACCCCGCCCUCUUCGUCUCGGCUAUUCGCGUGAUCGAGCGGGAAGAGAAGAUCGACCAGGUGACCAUGGAUAGUCAAAGCCAACACAAAUUUCUGCCCCCCGGACGGCCCAAGAACCUGAGACAGAUGUUUUUUAAGGUUAUUGAGCAAUCAACCGCAGCGCAGUUCAGAGCAAGGCACACGGACACAAAGGGGCCAGGCCUGGCAAAUCAUUUAUCAGCCUUGCAGAACAAUGUCCUCAAUGAUUUGAAAGUAGUAAAACACUUAAUGGUUCAAUGUUGUCCUCCGCACUAUAACAUCCUUCAGACCUACGCCAUGCUCCACCACAUCUGCCUCUCAGGACAUCUACAGGAUAUAAUAUCCUGGGACCUGGAGAAGGGUGAGAUCUACACUGUGCUGCACUGGAUACGACAUGUCUACCACAGUCCUGAAAUGAUGGAUCAUCCUGAUCUUUUUCCUGAUGUUGAUGUCGCCUCACUGGGCCCUCUGAUUUCUCAGGAUGCUCUGGAACAGCUGCAGAUUAAAUAUGUAAAUGCUGUGCGGGUGGCACUGUCUGACUGGAUGCAGAAGGCGCUGGACGCUGAGAUGAGUGACUGGCACAGUGAAGAGGGGCCAGAGUCUGACCACGAGGGCUACUAUCACUCCAGCCUGCCGGCCAUCGUGACUCAGAUGCUGGAAGAGAACGUCCAGGUGGCGACGAUGAUUGGUGACCACCUAAGAGACCAAGUGAUCGUGAUGGCUUUGCAGGAGCUCGAGUCCUUCCUGUACAGGUUCCGCGAGACUGUCAUCAGCUAUGGGAGGGAACGGAGUAAGGAUACCCAGCCUAAGCAUUACAUGCUGAACCUCCUGGCUGCCGUCAACAACUGUAUCGCAUUCAGGAAAUCAGUUCAGUGGCUACAGCAGCAAAGCGAUGGAGGAUCCCACAAUGACUGCUGCUUGAAAGCUGCUCACACCGUUGACACGGCUGUGGAUCGAGCCAUGAAGAAGAGCUGCAGGCUACUGAUAGAUGAAAUGCUCCUGGAGCUGCAGCCUCAUUUCCUUACAUUGAUGUCUGGGUCCUGGCUCUCUGGUUCCGAGUUCAUUGACUCCGCCUGCAGUAUUUUGGACACAUACUACAGUUAUUUCAUCCGCAUCAGGGAGCCCAUCUUCCAGUUCAUGCUGGUCGAGGGCCUUCGUAUGGUGGUCGUUGAAUACUUACGCAGGCUGUUGCUGAAGAAGAUUGUCUGCAAGAAUCCCACUGAACGGGAGAAGAUGUCGCACAGAAUGUUUCACGAUGCCACACAGCUGCAAGAACUCUUCUGUAAUCUGGGACUGGGAGAUGCUGAUCGGCUCACCAACGUGAUUUCCUCCAUCUCGGAAUUCAUCAAGCUGACGGACAGCUCCCUGCUCAGCCUGGAGGUCUCUGGCUUGGUGGCCAAUUAUCCCGAUAUCAGUGAUGAGCAUGUUUCGGUACUGCUGGACAUCAGGGGGGACGUGUCCAAAGAGGUUCGCGGCACAGUGCUGGACAUGCUGGAGCAGAACAGCCAGCCUCCAGAAGGCUACCAGCCCAUCUUCUCCGAUAUCUUGGUGCCAGCUCCAAUCCUUCCCUUCUGCCUCCCCACUGUCAAAUGCGGUUAGAUCGCAGGGCAUCAAUUCUGUCCUCAGAAGAGGCUCCCUCAAUAACAGACAACUGGUGUGGUGAUCGUGGGCAGCUGGGUGGCAGUGUGAGUUAGGAUUUUUUUCUACCACCAUGCCCAAGCCUGGGUGGGCUUUCUGGACAGGUAACCCUGGGCACCAAGGGCCUCAGAUCUCUGCAGCACGUACAAGCCUUUCCUACUUAUACAGCAUGUUACAGAUUCCUGGAAUGACCUCCCUUCUUGGCUCAGUCGAUGCAGCCAACAGGCAUGUACCCCACACAACCUGGAUUUAACUCUGCCUGGAAUUCCCAGCAGAUUAUCCAUUAUUCCAAAGCAGCACGUGGGACAACAUUGAGAGCAGCAUCAGACCAGCCUGGCUUUUCAAGCCUCUCCCAUUUGCCUCUUUCCCUCUCUCACUGGCCAGGCCCACCCACAAGGAGGCUGGGAUUAGAAUGAGCUCUGUUAAUCUCUAUGUGACAGUCAAGAUUACUUUGGAUGGUUAUCGUGAUGACUAUGGGCUGAAGGGCCUGUAUUGUGCUGCCUUGUUCCUAUGUUCUAUGACUCCAGACACUCCCACAGAUGCAGGGAAUGUCUCCAAGGCAAGGGGUUGCCAGGUAUCAUUCUACCCAGGGGGUAUUCCCAGGGUAGCAUUCCCAAAGACCCUCAAAGGCCUGGAAAUAAGGACACAUUCAAAGACAUUGUCCCUGGUCUGCAACAGACCAUGGAUUAUGGCCACCAUUAGUCUCUUGAGACAAAAGUUUGGGGGCUGCCCUUCACCUAGGUUAGGUUCUGGUGGAUUGGCAGAAGAGAGAGGAAGGGAGGGGAAAUGUUGACUGUUGCUGACCUUGGUUUGCUCCCCACUUCAGUUCAACCUUCCACUCCCUGAGCUCCUCUCAGGUUGGCUGGGGCCUGUCCCAUCCAAAGGAAGGAAGUAGCUGCAAGGAGCACACUCAGAGAACAGGCUCUCCAGCUGAGGGCAGAAGCCAUCCCCCCAACCCUCCCUUUUGCUGGUCUCACUAACCACUGUCUUUGCUGGAUUUGAGACGCUGAAGCUAGCCAUGUUCCUUCUGGUGAAUGAAAAACUAGAGCAUUAUAACCAUAUAACAUUGUUAAUUUCCAGAGGAGCGGUCAGUUUUACAAUAGCAUACUGACAUGUCCCUGUAGUCCAUGAUGUAGGAAGGCAUCAAAGUCAGAUGUCACUGCAGCAAGGAUAAGCCAACAUCAAACACUUGUUCACAUUGUGCCACAUUCCUAUGUUGGAUUGGUCUCAGAUUAACAUGAGGAGACCAAUACACGGAUUGAUCUUCUGAAGACCUCCUGAAACAGGUCAAGUCUGAUUCUGACGAAGGGUCUCGGCCUGAAACGUCGACUGCGCCUCUUCCUAUAGAUGCUGCCUGGCCUGCUGCGUUCACCAGCAACUUUGAUGUGUGUUGCUUGAAUUUCCAGCAUCUGCAGAAUUCCUGUUGUUCAAGUCUGAUUCUGCUUGGAAGUUGAGGAGGAGAUCUGGUGGGUCAACCCACAUCUAUCUAACACCUGGUGAGCCAAGACAAGGAACCAUUGUGCUUGUCCAGUUCAGGCCAUAGUGAUCUGAUGCUUUGCACUGAAGUUCCUGGAGCCAAUCCAGGAAACACCAGGGUCAAACGCAGAGCUCACCAGGUUAUCUAUAUAAUGAACCUCUUGAGUCACUGUAUAACUUCCUGCCAGCUUUCACCCUGCCAUUUCACCAUUAUUGGAGAGGCCCCAGCACACAGUCCCUGAGUUGGAGCACCAUCCCCUUCCCACUCACUGAAAACCACCCAAACCUAGUUCAGGGGACAGCCACUGCAACCCAACCUUACUCACUGAGAAGUCACAGACAUAGACAUAGUCACAGAACAGUACAGCAGAGGAACAGGUUCUUCAGUCCACAAUGUUGCGCCAAACCAGAAACAUAAACCAAAAUCCCCAAAAACUAAUCUCUCCUACCUACACCAUGUCCAUACCCCUCCAUCUUCCUCAUAUUCAUGUGCCAAUCUUAAUGUCUCUUAAAAGCCUCUGAUGUAUUUACCUCUACCACCAAACAAGGCAGUGCAUCCGAGGCAUCCACACAUCUCGGAGUAAAGCUCUUACACCACACAUUCCCUUUCAACCUACACCCCUCUCACCUUCAAUGCAUGCCCUCUGGUAUCAGACAUUUCUACUCCAGGGUAAAGAUACUCAAUGUCUACUCUAUCUAUGCCUCUCAUAAUCUUAUAAACCUCUAUCAAAUCUCCCCUCACCCUCUGCUGCUGCAGAGAAAACAACCCAAGCUUGUCCAGCCUCUUAUGAUAGCACAUGCCCUCUAAACCAGGCAGCAUCCUAGUAAACCUCUUCUGCACCCUCCCCAAAGCCACAACAUCCUUCUCACAGUGGGGUAACCAGAACUGUAUACAAUACUCCAAAUGUGACCAGAGUUCUAUAAAGUUGCAACAUAACCUCUUGACUUUAGAACACAAUCCCUUGAUUAAUAAAAACCAGCAUUCCAUCAGCCAUCCUAACCACCCUAUCGACCUUUCAAGGAGCUAUGAACUUGCCCUUAACAGUGUACUGUCUCCUUAUAUUUCUACCAAACUGCACCAACUCACAUUUAUCUGGGUUAAACUCUAUCUGCCAUUUCUCUGACCAUAUUUGCAAGUGCUCUAUAUCAUGCUAUAUUCUUUGCCAGUUUUCUACUCUAUUCACAACUUUACAAAUCUUGGUAUAAUCCACAAAUUUACUAACCCACUAAUCUACAUUUUCACCCAGGUCUCUGUCUCUACACGUAAGCCAGUUCUGAAUCCAAACAGCCAAUUCGCUGUGGACCCCAUGCACCUUAAUCUUCUAGAUUAGCAUCCCAUGAGGGAAUUUGAAAAAUACCUUACUAAGAUCCAUGUAGACAAUAUUCACUGCCCCGUCCUCAUCAAUCUCUCUCACCACCCUGUCGAAAAACUCAAUCAAGUUGGUAAAACUUGACUUGCCCCAUACAAAACCAUGCUGGCUCUCCCUAAUUAGGCCAUGGGUUUCCAGAUUCUCAUAUAUCCUAUCCCUAAGAAACUAUAGUUUCCAGGAUUUUUCCUUGUUCCCUUCUUAAAUUAAGGUACAACGUUAGCCACUCGCCAGUUCUCCAGGACCUCACCUGUGGCUAGAGAGGACACGAAGAUACUUGUCAAAGCCCUGGAAACCUCAUCUUUUGCCUCCCUCAAUAACCUAAGGUUAAUUCCCUCAGACCCUGGGAACAUCCACCUUCAUACCCAUUAAGACACCCAAAACCUCUUCCUCCUUGACCUUAAAAUGCCCUGGCAUAUUUAUGCACUCAGCACUAGUCCUCCAUGUCCUUUUCCUUAGUAAAUACUGAAGCAAGGUACCUCACUCACAUUCUCUGCAUCCAAGCAAAUGUUCCCUCUCUAUCCUUGAGUGGUCCUACGCUCUCCCUAGUUAUCCUCUUGCUCUUGAUGUAUGUAUAGAAUGGCUUGGGAUUCCCUUAAUCCUACUUGCCAAGGGCUUUUCAUGGCCCUUCCUGGCUUUCCUAAUUCUCUUCUUGAGUUCUUUUCUGGCUUCUUUAUACUCCUCAUGUGCUCCGUUUGAUCUUAACUUCCAAAGCUUUCCAUACUUUUCCUUUUUUUUCCUUGACUAAUUUCAUCACCUCUCUGGACAUACAAAGUUUUCCCAUCUUUCCAUCCCUGUCCUUCCUUCUAGUAGGAACAUAGCUUUCCUGUACUCUGUGCAAUAGAUCUUUAAACACUCUCCACAUGUCUGAUGCGGACUUGCCAGAAAAAAGGUGUUCCCAAUUUACUCUAAUUAGUUCCUGCCUAAUGCCCUUAAUUUGCUCUAUUCCAAUUUAAGAAUAUUCCACAAGGACCAUACCUAUCCUUUUCUAUAGCUAUUCUGGAAGUUAUGGAGUUGUGGUUACUGUUCUCCAACUGUUCCUCAAUUGCCUGGCCAUGCUCAUUACCCAACACCAAGCCCAGUACAGUCUCUCCUCUCAUUGGAUCAUCUACCUAUUGAUUUAAAACACUGCUCAAACACUUCAAAUGUAGUGAAUAUUGUUUUCUAUUGCAUCCCCUAUGUUUGCUGUAUUGAGCGAUGUCUCUUUCACUGUUCAUUAGCUUUAUGUUCUGAUGGGAAAAACAACCUCUUCACCCUUGUCCUUAAGGCUGACCCAUCCCAGCCAUGAAUGUCGAGGCAGAUAUUUCCCCGCUCUCUUGGUGGAGCUGGAUCCCCAGCUGUGACCCAUGCCUUAGGCAAGUCCUGACACUCUUUCCAGUUGCCCUACAUGCUGCCUUGCCAUGUUCAGCCAUAAGAGGAACUGACUGAUCCAUCACUGGUCCAUCCUGAGGUCCCCUCCAUCACUGAACCUGACUUCUGCCAAAUCAAUUCUCUCUGGUCUAUCAAGAAAUGACUACAAACCCAAUUCAACAAACACGGGAGGGCCCAGUCUACAUCUGGCUGUUGUACUAGACAUCUGUGCUCCACAAUUAGCCCAGCCUCUAAGCAACUCUUUCAAGGCAGUUACCACAUUGACAUCUACCUGGCCAUGUAGAAAAUUGCCCAGGUAAGUCUUCUGCACCAAAAGCAGCUACAAUCCAAUCCAGAACAAACACAAAAUGGAGAGGAACUCAACAAGUCAGGCAGCAUCUAUGAAAAUGAAUAAACAGUUGACAGAUAGAUGUAGCCUGAUAGGCCGAGUUCCACCAGCAUUUUUUGCUUGUUGCUCUGGAUUUCUAGCAUCUGCAGAAUCUCUUGUGUUUAUGGUUUGCUAUUCCAACCCAGCUGAAUGAUACUUAAGCUGUCUACUUUCAAUCAUCAGCAAAGUGACAGAAGCCAUUGUCAAUAAUGCUGUCAAAUACCACUUGCUCUAUAGUCCCUGGUCUGGAUUCUGUCACAAAUACUCUGUUCCAGACUCCAUUAUGGACUUGUCAAACUGUUGCUCCAAAUCCCAUCCAGACUUCCUGUUAUGUUUUGUAACUUCAAAACUUCAAAGGAAGACACGUGAGUUCAAAAUCCAGGUCUAAAUUCAAGUUUACUUUCAGUGAGGCACGCAUGUAUCAUGUGGUACCGUGAUGAUGUAUGCAAUUAAUGUAUUUUUACAUAUAACCCAUAAUUAAUUAUUUAAACAAACAGGAAAGCUAAUCAACCUAUAUACUGUAUACAAGACCACUCAAAUAUUAUUGAAAUAGUAAAUACACAGCACUUCCCACCACUUCCAAUGCACAAAUCAAGAGGUUAAUACGUUACCAUCCACUAGCCUGGAUGGGCGCAGCCACAAUAAGUCUCACCUUAAUAAUAAAUUUACUUUGAACUGAAUCUGUGGAACUCAUUGCCACAGAUGGCUGUAGAGGACAAGUCUUGGGUAUAUAUAAAGUGGAAAUUGAUAGGUUCUUGAUUAAUAAGGGUGUCAAAGGUUACGGAGAGAAGGCAGGAAUAUGGGGUUAAGAGGGAAAAUAAAUCAGCAUAAUGAAGCAGCCCCAAUGGGCCAAAUGGCCUAAUUCUGCUCCUAUGUCGUAUGAUCUUAUGGACAGCACCUCCCAUAACAGCAACCUGUGUGGCUUGAAUGCCCAAUAGUGCAGGUACAUGAAAAUACCAUAACCUGCAUAUACCCCUCCAAGUUGCACACCAUCCUGACAUGUAAAUAUAUCACCACCCCUUCAUCAUCGCAGGGUCCAAAUCUUCCAUUUUGCUCCCCAAAAGCACAAUAGGAAUACCUCCGCCAGAUGUAAUUGGAGAAGGCAACUCACAAUUACCUUCUCAAGGGUAAAUAAAUGCUGGCCAUCAGCAGUGCCCAGAUCAGGGACAUGAAGAAAAGAAAAAGCCACAGCUGAAAAUCCUUCCUCCACUAACCCCUCACCUAUCAACCCUUCAGGAGUCUGCUGCCCAAUUCCAACACCAACCUAUCUGAUGUCCAAUUGCUAGACAGCAGUUCACUCCAGGACUUGGGCUUCAAAUGCCUGACCACAUCCUCAGGGUCCCAUCCCUAGAGCUGGAACUGGAACUCAGACCGCACCCUGGUACCCUUUAUCUGCUCUGUGGACUGGGAAGAAAAGGGUUCUGAAAGCUUGUGGUCUCAGAUUCAGAUUUAUUUAGCACCUGUACAGUGAGACGUGCAAUGAAGUGUGUUGUUUAUGUUAACAAUCAAAACACCACUGGGAGCAGCCUGCAAGUUUUGCCUCACAUUUCAGUGCCAACAUAGCAGGCCCACCAUUCUUGGCAGAACAACACAGAACGCAACAAAAACUGAACAUGCCAAGCAACAAAUCACAACACCAUUCCUUCCUCCCUCCCACCCUCCCAUGCACAUACACAUUUCUCUAACCCAGCACCAGCCAUAUUCAGCCUCCAGCAGACUCGUAUGUUUGCAGACAUUGGGCCUUUGACUUCCCCAGCAGACUUGUAGAGAGUUGUAAACUCGCAGCUCUGGCCAUCUGCAGUACUGCGUGAGGCUGUGUGCAGACCCUGAUGGCUUGGUAAACACUGCCACUAUUCACAAGCAAAGCUCUCUCCCUGAGACCGAAGAGACUGCAGAUACUGGAAUCUGAGGCAACAAGCACAAUCCUGCAGGAGGAACUCGGUGGGCCAUGGGGCAUCCGUGGGAGAAAAGGAACUGUCAACAUUUUGACCCGAAGCAUGGACAAUUCCUUUCCCAACCUCCACCACCACAGAUGCUACUCAACUGUCUGAGAGCCUCCAAUAGAUUGUUGUAAGUUCUUUUCUCCAGGGCCAUGCCAAGAGAUGUUGAUGGAAAACCCAGUCCAUCCUGGUAGGUGGCUCCUUAUGUUGGCUCAUUCCAGGACCACUAUCCGUUACCAAUGUUUAUAAUUCUCAGGCAGAACCAGGAUCUAGCUAAGCCUGUCAGUCUACAAUAAAUGGCAUACAUUUAUGCCACUCCUUUCACAACCUCAGGACAUGCCAAGGGGCUCCACAGUCAGUAGAUCCAUGGAUACUGAAGGAAGUUGGAGCAGCUGAUGGGUGAGAUCCCACCAACACCCAUGAUGUAAUAAUGUUUUGCAGAUGAACUGACAUCAACCACCCUAAUCCUGUUCACUCUCUCCACAUUCCCUUCAACUCCCCCCAAGUUCUAACGCUCACCUACUUACAGCAUCCACUAUCCUGCACAUUUGUGUGUUGUGGGAGGAAAUUGGAGCAUGGGGGGGGGUAAGGCAAGAGCUCCCAGAGAGAAUGUGCAAACUCCACACAGACAGUGCCUGAGGUCAGGAUCGAACUUGCAUCUCUAGGGCUGAAAGGCAGCAGCUCUACAGCUGUGCCACUGCACCAUAUGGUUCACUCAUACUGAUCCGAUUAGGGGAGGGACAUUGACUAAUCACAGCCUUCCUUAGUAUGCUGCCGAUGGGACAAUACUCAUCCAAAGGGUAGCUUGGACAUACUGUGUCCGAUUUUUGGUUUGUGAAGCUGGCACUCCCUCAUUUGCAGGAUACCAAUGAAUCACAGCCGAAUUACUCCCCCAGAAUGCAGCAUAAUCACCCAAGAUAAUCACCAUAAUCACCUCCUCCACCAAAGACGAUCCUAAAUCUCAGAUGAUCUUCCCCCGAAUGAGAAGCAUGGAAUCCCAGAUUUUAAAAAAAGAUUGAAGAUGAUGCAGCACUGCUUCGUUCUGAGGCUAUGCAAUCUCCCCCUCUUCAUUCCACCACCAAAACCUACAGCAGCAAGGCUCCCCACAGCCACUCUGCACAGGGGCUUGUUAGAUUCAAGCAGACGGUGCUAGGGAAGUGGAAUGCUGCUUGCUUGCUGGAUUGCAAUGUAAAUGCUAAAAGUAGCUGCAAGAAAAUGCCCUGACACCAGGAGGCAGCAACACAACCCAAUAAUGCAGCCAAUGAACUGCCCAUGGUAUCUGAAUUUUCAUGGUUCCAGGAACAUUGUGUAAACUCGAAGAGAAACCAUGGAUAUUUCUGGUUCAAAGACACUUUUGCUUGCUUCCUAGAUAUAUUUAUUCCUGCCUAAAA